AUGGCGUCCGUUCUCACGCGCCAGCAAGCGCUUGCCACCAACGCGUCGAGUGACUACAUCCGUAGACUCUUAGUCGUACAGAAGCCAAAUUGUGCAAUCCUCAUAGCCCUAGUAGGCCUUUGUUGGGUGCCGCUAUUCUCAGCAUGCCUGUUUCUUCACUCUCAUCCUGGUUCCGCGACACUCUCAAACCUGACGACUCCCAAAGACGAAUUAGACUCACCUGUUACUCAUUCUAUCUUCGUACCACCAUCACACGCACUCCCUAAACUUCCAUACGACGUCCUAGUCCUCGUCUUCCAAGCAUGUGUCGAAUCUCACGAUGGCCGCGAUUGGUCGUCUGCCCCUGGAACGUCGGGUGUCGUCAGUCGCUUCCGCGCUCUCCAUCCGCACAGCGUACAGCAGGGAAGGAACUCGGAGGCGGAGAAAUGCGAGGCAUGCCAAAGCGUUUGCUGCCCGCGAUGGGUCCACGUGGCUCAGGUCUGCCAAAGUUGGCGCGCCACUGCUCUGUCCACUCCCACGCUCUGGAGCCACCUCCCCCUGAGCGCCUGCUGCUUGGGGCACUGGGAAAGGUGGCCUGUCGGGCUGCACACGUCGAUGGGAAGUGCGCACCCUCUGCGGCUUCAUAUCGAUCUCCAAAGCACACGUGACAACGCCGCAUAUGACGCGCUUUGCGCGAACCUUCACCGCGCAGUGGAACUCGUAUACACAUCUGCUGCAGACGCAUACGACCACCCAGCCGCCGGCGAGCUCCUUCCCGUCCUCCGAGGCCUAGGCCUCGGCCCAGCACCCUUGCUCGAAUCUCUCACCGUAGUUGAUCAGCCACUGUGCCUCUUGGCGGGCCCGCUACUCCAGGGCCCUAAGGGUGCACCACGACUCCGCCAUUUACGGCUUUUGCGAUCCCCACCAGUGUCCUGGAAGGAUCUUAAGCCAUUCUUGGGGCAAUUGACGCGCUUAGAGCUACACAGCAUCGUGGAACACCUCUUAGAACCCUCUGCCGCCAAUAUGCUAGACGCUCUGACGCACAUGAGCGCGCUACAGGAGCUGAGCAUCCUCAACUUCAAGGAGGAGCUCCUAGGUGUCUCCUGGCCAGAACGACAUGUCCACCUCGCGGAGCUUAGGCGGUUGAGGAUGGAGUGCUCGGCGGCGACGUGUUUUCACCUGCUUUCUAUGUUCCAUUAUGAUCGACAGAGGGUGCGGGUGGAGGUGGUGGCAUACGACUCGUUUGAUUACGAGGAAGAGCCACCGAGAUGGGACCUCUUUGAGGGUAUAAUCGCAUGUCUCCCCAUUGCAAGUCCUACAAAUGCGUCUUCGCAUUUCUCCCAGCUCAGCCUCGGUAAGCGCCAAAAGCUAUAUUUCACAACCUGGGUAAACUUCUCUACCUGGCACGACCAUCUCCUGGAUCCUUCGGGUCCGUCAUUUUCGGGGCCUGCGACUCCAGCCUCAUACUCGCUCACCUGGUGUACGCACCAGAGCUUAGACAAGAACCUCCUUUUCUAUUUUGCCAACAAACUCCCCGUACAGUUCGCCUCCACCGCGUGCAUCCACGGCGGGCCAUCUAUGAAGGCAAUGAGCGACCUCCUCGCAAUGGUACCACGCGCUCUCUCGCUCGAGCUCAGAGGCCUCUGGGCUUCGCAAGGCGAGCACCUUCUAUCCGCUUUGAAGGGCUCGACUGCGGGGAAUCUACAUGUACCCCAGCUGAAGCGAAUCGUCAUCGUCGACGCGGGCGCGCCUGACGAUGGCGCCGUGGGUAGCUCUGAUGCUCCGCAUGCCGGUCUCUCGGGACUGGGCAAGUGUAUAUCUGCACGCCGCAAGCGCGGGUGCUGUAUCAGCAUGGUCGUCAGAGGAUCAAACUGCAGCUUCGGGGCUGGAGAAGGAGACUGGGCAAGAGCUCUCGGGCUGAGAGGGUUGAAGUUGGAACUCGAGUGGCUGCCUUUCUUGUCGUGAGACAUGGACCGAUCG